AACAUGAGUGUCGCCUUGAAGAUGAGCAUAUAAUGGCGCAUUCUGAUUGAAUCCAUCACAUCAGUCAUCAAGUCAUCAACAAUGAAACAAUGACUGAUGAAACAAUGAAUUUACCAUCGGGAAUGAGAUGGCUGGCUAGUCAAGUUGCUGGACAUCAUUCGGAUCUCACUAAAAAUCGUAUCAGCAUGAUUGAAACAGAUAAUGGAUGUGUCUUGAAAGCUGGACAGAGGGAAGAUCUUCAAUUGAGAGAGGUAUCAUUCUAUGAGAAUAUAAAAAAUUCAAAUGAAUCUUUAUAUAAUGAGUUAUCGAUGUUAACUCCAAAAUAUUAUGGAACAAGAGAAUUAGAAUUAGGAGAACGAAGAAUUGAAUUUAUUAUUCUGGAGGAUAUGACCGUGGGUAUGACUGAGCCCUGUGUAAUGGAUGUAAAAAUAGGUGAACGAACGUGGGAUCCUUUGGCAACUAGGGAAAAACGAGCAGCCGAGGAAAUGAAAUAUGUCGACUCCAAGAAAGCUUACGGUUUCUGUAUCCCUGGCUUUCAAGUUUAUGAUCUAUCUACGAGAAAUUUAAGAAAAUUCGGAAAAGAUUAUGGAAAAACAUUAAAUAAAGACACUAUUGUAGACGCUUUCAGAAUAUUUUUGAAUGCAGAAGAUGACAGUAAUAAAUGCGGAAUACUCCUAGAGAAAUUGAUAAACCGGUUGAAUAAAAUUAAGGACUUUUCCAGGAAGCAGAAGACUUUGAGAUUUUAUUCUAGUUCGAUUUUGAUUACGUACGAUGCGAAUUAUCUGCGACGACGAGCCGAAGAAUUGUCAUGUUCUCCUGAAAAUAAAUCAAGUUUGACAGAAGAAUGCGCCGAGGAAAUGGACUGGGUGCGGGUACGAAUGAUCGAUUUUACUCACAUCUUUCCAGCCGAAGAGGAGACUCUAGAUACCAAUUACCUGAGAGGUAUUACGAACCUCGUACAAGUACUUGAAUCAUUUCUAAAAUAAAACAAUUGGGAUCGUUUCUUCUGGAAUAUACAAAAUUCGUCACGCAAACUGAUUAAUGUCUAAUAAAUUUUAUCUGAUUCGUUAACUGUAAUAUGCACUGUGUUGGGUCCACUGCAUUCUGUGUAAAUAACCAGUGAAUAAUCCUUUGAAUUAAUUUAUUUGAAUAUUUUUUUUUUCUUUCAAUUAUUUAUUAUUCUUGUUUACAAUAAUCACAGACGUUCGCCAAACGCAGUAGGCAUGAAAAUUAGUUUUACAUAAUUGCUAUGUGGAAUCUCGAGGGAGCACAUGAAGAAAUAAAAAAAUCAAAAAGUUAAAAUGGAUGAAUAAAGUAUGUGCGUUGAAAUAAAUUUUUCUAUAUAUUCGA